GGCGUCUGCCCAGGGGCCCGAAUUUCACUUUGUAACUUUCUGCGGAACCCGAGCCCGGGUGGCAGCUCCGGCGGUGGUAUCGUAUGCAAAUACGCAUGCUGACGUUACAGAUCAUGUGGGUUUUGGCGUAGAUUCCCCUCUGAUCAAGGCAUUUUCCCCCUUUUUUUUCCUUUUUUUCUUUUUUUUUUCCUUUUCUUUUUCUUUUUCUUUUCCUUUUUUUCUUCUUUUAAAAAAAAUUCGCCCAACCGUUCUCCGUACGGGGGCUUUUCCCGUCCGUCUGUCUGUCUGCCAGGCUGGCUUUCCCCACCGCCGCCGCCGCCGCCGCCUCCUCUUUCCCACGGAGCCUGAGUCGGGCGCCGGGUGGGGAGUGGGGAGAGGGUGGGGGGAGCCAGCAGAGUUCCAUUUUGGAACGCCCGUUCCUGGUCUCCGCGUUCCCAGCCCGGGUCCCCGCGUUCCCAGCCCCGCCGCAGGUCUCCGCGUGCUGGCUGCAAUCAGGCUGCAAGAUUCCCAGGAUGUAAGAGCCACACGGGGUAGACACUGACAUGAAGCUGCCUGGUAUGCUCCGGGAUUGGUACAGUGACAGGUUUCUGUGCUGAAAUCGUUUCUGAACUCUGAAACGGAAAGCUUCAGCAUCCAAGGGAAGCCAAAGGCAUUUGAGAGGAACUAAAGCCAGAAGCCAAGAGUUUCACUGGCCUGCCCCUACCCACUCCGGAAAGAAGUCGUCGCUCACGGGCGGGCAGCAUGGCGAGCAAACGGAAAUCUACAACCCCGUGCAUGGUGCGGACAUCCCAAGUAGUAGAACAAGAAGCCCUAGAGGAGGCAGACAGGGCCAAAGACAAAGGGAUGGGCAUGCCACCAUCCAGCAUGGCCAACGACAGCUGGGCAACAGAACCUGAAAACUCGUCCAAAGAAAACGAAGUGGUAGAGGUCAAAUCUAUGGGGGAAAGCCAGUCCAAAAAACUCCAGGGUGGUUAUGAGUGCAAAUACUGUCCUUACUCCACACAAAACCUGAACGAGUUCACAGAACACGUAGACACGCAGCACCCCAACGUGAUCCUCAACCCCCUCUAUGUGUGUGCCGAAUGUAACUUCACAACCAAAAAGUACGACUCCUUGUCUGACCACAACUCCAAGUUCCAUCCGGGGGAGACCAACUUCAAGCUGAAGUUAAUCAAACGCAAUAACCAAACUGUCUUGGAACAGUCCAUUGAAACCGCCAACCAUGCCGCGCCCGUCGCUGCCAGUGGGCCUGGAAGUGGUGACAAUGACCCUGGGGUCUCGGUGGGUAAAAUCCCCGUGACAAAGACAGGAAAACCGAAGGUAGAUGCCAAGAAAGUGCCCAAGAAGCCUGAUGAGGCUGCCCCCGAAAACCACAUGGAAGGGACGGCCCGGCUGGUGACAGACACAGCCGAGAUCCUGUCGAGACUGGGAAGUGUGGAGCUCCUUCAAGAUUCACUGGGACACGUCAUGCCUUCUGUACAGCUGCCACCAAAUAUCAACCUUGUCCCCAAGGUCCCCGUCCCUCUGAACACUACCAAAUACAACGCCGCCCUGGACACGAAUGCCACCAUGAUCAAUUCCUUCAACAAGUUCCCUUACCCGACCCAGGCUGAGCUCUCCUGGCUAACAGCUGCCUCCAAACACCCAGAGGAACACAUCAGGAUCUGGUUUGCUACCCAGCGCUUAAAACACGGCAUCAGCUGGUCCCCAGAGGAGGUAGAGGAGGCCCGCAAGAAGAUGUUUAAUGGCACCAUUCAGUCAGUACCCCCCACGAUCACUGUGCUUCCUGCUCAGCUGGCCCCCACAAAAAUGUCCCAGCCCAUCCUCCAGACAGCUCUGCCGUGCCAGAUCCUUGGCCAGCCCAGCCUGGUACUGACUCAAGUGACAAGCGGGUCAACGGCCGUCUCUUGCUCCCCCAUCACACUUGCCGUGGCUGGGGUGACCAACCAUGGCCAGAAGAGACCCCUGGUGACCCCCCAGGCUGCCCCUGAGCCCAAGCGUCCACACAUCGCCCAGGUGCCAGAACCUCCCCCCAAGGUGGCCAACACCCCGCUCACCCCAGCUAGCGACCGCAAGAAGACCAAGUUGCAGAUAGCGCACCUCAAGGCGAGCUUUUUACAGAGCCAGUUCCCUGAUGACGCCGAGGUCUACCGGCUCAUCGAGGUGACGGGCCUUGCCAGGAGCGAAAUCAAAAAGUGGUUCAGUGACCAUCGGUACCGGUGUCAGAGGGGCAUUGUACACAUCACCAGCGAGUCCCUUGCCAAAGACCAGAUGGCCAUCACAGGCACCCGGCACGGCCGCACCCAUCACGUCUACCCAGACUUUGCACCCCCGAAGUUCAAAGAAAAAAGCCAGGGACAGCUGAAGACUCUGGAAGACAGCUUUCUGAAGAGCUCCUUCCCCUCCCAGGCGGAAGUGGAAAGGCUGAGGGUAGAGACCAAGCUGAGCAGGAGGGAAAUCCACUCCUGGUUCUCCGACAGGCGCAAGCUCCGAGACAGCAUGGAGCAGGCCGUCUUGGAUUCCAUGGGAUCCGGCAAAAAGGGCUCCGAUGUGGUAGCCCCCAAUGGUGCUCUGUCUCGACUCGACCAGCUCUCCGGUGCCCCGUUAGCUGGCCCCUUGCCCAGCCCUUCAUCGGCAAUUAUACAGAAUCAAGAACAGGUUCACCUGCUAAGGAGUACUUUCGCGAGAACCCAGUGGCCCACUCCUCAGGAGUACGACCAGUUAGCCGCCAAGACCGGGCUGGUCCGAACUGAGAUUGUGCGCUGGUUCAAGGAGAACAGAUGCUUGCUAAAAACUGGAACCUUGAGUUGGCUGGAGCAGUACCAACAGCAUCACCUGUCAGAUGACCACGGCCACGAUGCUGUUUCAAGGAAAAUGGGGAAACAAGUGGCUGGGAGCCCAAAGAAUGGAAGCGAGGCAGCUCAGCACUAUGCCAAGGACCCCAAAGCCUUCUGCGAGGAGGAGGACUCCGGCAAGCUGGUCCCCAGGGUGAAAGUGGGUACCGAGCAGGCCAAGGACUGUUUGGCAGCCAAGCCCUCAGAGGCCCCCUCAGACAGAUCAGAGGGCAGCAGCCGAGACGGCCAGGGCAGUGAGGAAAACGAGGAGUCGGGCAUUGUGGGCUUUGUGGAGGUGACGGUUGGAGAGGAAGACGCCAUCUCAGAGAAGUGGGGAACCUGGAGUCAGAGAGUAGCAGAAGGUACAUCGGACAGGGCCGACUCCGACUCCGACAGCGCCCCUGCGGAGGCUGGCCAUGCCUAGACAGCGCACGGUCUGAACUUCUGCACUGACAAAGAGGACGCUCUCUGUCUUUGAAGAAAGAAGCGAGCCCCGCCCCAGCGGCUGCGGGCCACCUCACCAGCGACUCUGAGCGGAAGUGCUUCAGUGGCCUGUGCCUGGAGGCCCCGGACCCGGAGCUCUCAGAGCCGGUCCCAGGGUGGAAAUUGUUCAUAGUGCCAAAGUCCUACUACUGCGUUUUCAAUGGGUCCCUGUACAUAGUGUCCGCCUCUGCCCCGCCUCUUGCUAUACUGGAACCGAUUUAUACAAUGUAGGAAUUUUGUUACCUUUUUAAUCGAGGGCAACUUCCUUUUCCAGCACUUGCGCGGUAAGGUGUUAGCUUUUUUUUCUCCUCCUCCCCCAGGAAGGAGGACUAACCACGUUGAUAUUCUCUUUUUUCUUUUCACUUUAUUGAUGGGGAGGGGGGAGCAUUAGCACUAAAAUGCCACUGUAGCUACUGGAUUUUAGGUAGGAAGGGUUUCUUUUCUUUCUUUUUUUCUUUUUCUUUUCUCAAGGUAGUUUGGCCUUUGGGAGAUGUCUUUGUGGGAAGGGCUGAGGUUGGUCCUCUGGCUCAAUAUGGAAUGGUAUCACAAACAUGAACGCCCAUGCCACGCCCAUUCCACCCCACCCUCCCCACCCCGUUCCCGCAGUUGCCUUUUGGGGAUCCGGGCCUCAGACCCAUGCCAAGAGGUGGGCAUGGCUUCUCAACGGCUUGAAUAGCCGGGGAGCGGGUGGCUGCCCUCUUCACAAAUCUUUUUGAAAUACCAGCAGAAAGGGCUCCCACACUUGAUGCCGCCAUCAUUAUGCCUGGGAAAUUCAAGGAGAGUGGUGUUUCUGCCUGGCCCGUAUAAAGGUGGAGAGUGGUGUUUCUGCCUGGCCCGUAUAAAGGUGGAGAGUGGUGUUUCUGCCUGGCCCGUAUAAAGGUGGACAUCUCUGGGCUUCUUGGCUUUUUCUCACUGCCUUUUCUUGGUGUGGCACUGACCAGAUUUCAGCUUGAAGCCUCACUGGGAAUUGAUUCUUUUUUGUCCGUGUGUGUGUGUGUGUGUGUGUGUGUGUGUGUGUGUGUGUGCGUGCGCGUGCACGCGCGUGUGUGUGUUCGGGCCAAUUUUAGAUACCUGAGUGCACUUUUUAUUUUUAGUUAGUCCUAAGUUUUAAAAAAGGAAAGCCAAGAGAUAAAUCUCGUAUAAACGUCUCCACACGGAUUCUGUUUGCUGUCCUUGUCCCCUCCCCCGCCCCCCAGCCCCCCAGCCCCCCCUGAGUACACUGCACAAGUAAAAUGCUAGAGAGUUUGAAUAACAGCAGUUUUUCCAACUUGUUGCUCAUUUGUUGUAACUCAAUAAAGCAGAGACUAAGCGUUUCUAUAGCCUUC